AGAAGCAUGUCUGAGCAUUACAGUUCAAGAGACUCCUCUGCCGUUUAGCUUUACUUUGGAUUCUACGGAGGAACUGAGGAUUUGGGCCACAACAAUGUUGACCCAUCUGGUGCUUGUGGGAAUUGUAAGUCUGUGCAGCAUGGAGCCUCUCAGACGCAAUAAAAGAUCCUGGAUUAUAGACUCAUUUGACAUUGUGGAAGAACACCCAGGACCUUUUCCUUAUGAAUUGGGGCAGAUCAAACUGGAUCGUAGCUAUAUAGUGGAGUUCGGGUUAAAGGGCAAAGGUGUGGAUGAAAACCCAAAGGGUGUCCUGUCUAUUGAUUCCAAGACAGGAGUCAUUAUGGUCCACCGUAAAGUUGACUAUGAGCAGUUCAGCGUUCUGAUGCUGACCUUUCAAGCAAGAAACAAGUCCAAUUUGGCUAUUGACACACAACUAGGCAUGGAGGUCAACAUAUUGGACAUUAAUGACAACCCGCCGGUCUUCCCGAGGAAAGUCUACGAUGUUACUGUAAAUGAAGCAGCAAAGCAAGGUGGCUUUAUUGUAGGUGUUUUAGCCAUCGAUAAGGAUGCAGCGGGAACUCCGAAUUCCACCAUUGAUUACAAAAUCAUUUCUGUGGCGCCGACUACUAAAAAUGUGGAAUUCUACAUCCAAGAUAGUGGAGCAAUAUCCUUUAAAGGAUGCUUUGAUUAUGAGGUGGCUAGUAAAUACAUUAUAAUGGUUGAGGCAAAGGACCGUGGAGAGGUUGUAAAGUUGUCCAGCACAGCAACUAUAGUAAUCAACCUGCAGGAUGGAAACAACCACAUACCGGUUAUCACAGGGCAAACGGGUUCAGGUAAUGUGGUGGAGGGGACAAAUGGUACCUCCCCUCUCAAAAUACACACAACCGAUGCUGAUACACGUCCCACUGCUGCAUGGAGGGUCAGAUACUCCAUUGAAGGGGAUAAAGGUGGUCACUUCUCCAUUCGUACUGAUCCAGACAACAACGAUGGCAUACUUACAGUGGUUAAGCCUCUGGACUUUGAAGAACAAACAGAACAUAAACUCAGCAUCUCCGUAGAGAACGAAGUGCCGUAUUUCUCUUGUGUGGUAAAGGAGAGAUCUCCAAGUGGCCUCUGGACUGUCAUCUCAAAUCCAUCAAAACCAUCCUCUAAGAAUAUUACCAUCACAGUGGAAGAUGCAAAUGACCCUCCAUAUUUCACAGAUCCAGUACGGAAAGUCAUUUUAGAAGAAAAUGGUGCUAUUGGAGCUUUUGUGGACCAAGUGAAAGCAGUAGAUCCUGACACUGGACGUCCCCAUAAACUAGAGUAUUCUAUUGAACACGACCCUGCUGGCUGGUUCAGAGUGGACAAAACAACAGGAGAAAUCUUUGUAAAAGAGACAGUGGACAGAGAAUCGAGUUAUGUGACCAACGGGACUUACACAAUUUUUGUCCUUGUGACAGAAAAAGAUGACCAUCCUCCAAUGACAAGCACUGCCACGAUUCAGGUCUACGUGGAAGACAAAAAUGAUAACGUCCCAUUGCUAAAGGAAAACAGAGUUUCUGUCUGUCAGUCUGACCAAUUGUCAAGUGCAGAGGUCUCAGCGCAGGACCUCGAUGGAGAUCCCUACAGUGGGCCGUUCAGUUUUGAAAUUAUAGGAGACCAUAAGGAAGGAUGGAGUUUUGACCCAAGCUAUGGUUACACCGUGCGUUUGGUAAAGGAUAAAAGAGUUUAUGCGAGCCUGUACACACUGAGUGUGAAGAUUUCUGAUAAGCAGGGCAGGUUUGUCCUCCAGAACCUCACUGUCGCUGCGUGUGAUUGUGCCGUCUCACCAAACUGCCUGCUCCAGCGCAACACACAGCAAAAAGUGGGAAAUGGUCUGUUAGGAAUUACCAUUUUUGCCACACUCAUGGUUUUGGCAUUUCUGCUGUUGACCCUUACUUGCUCUUGCGGGAGUGUGAAGUCUCUGGCACAAGUAGACAAUGUCUUAGAAGAUGCCCUUCUGUCGUCAAAUAUUGAGAAACCAGGCACAGAUUGUAUGGUCCCGACUACUCUACUGAGGAAAACGUCUGUCAGUCAGUCAAAGGAAACAACUAUUGUCAAUAACUGGACUCAAAAGAAAGCUGAUUUUCAGCAGGUGUCUAGCAAAACUGUGACUUCUACUCCAAGUUCGCCAGUUCGAGCGGAGUCUUGGUCUAGAGACAGAUCAAAGUACCAUUCCAGUGAGAAUCAGUCAUGGAUGUGGAAACAGUACCAGAGUGACCACUACCAGGGAUCCACAUUUAGCAGGAGGGGCUCACAAAGAAGAGCGAAAAGCUAUUUCAUCAACCAAUCCACUUUACAAAGCUUGCUAACUCAGAGGUUACAUUUAAUGCAGUCUCAAGAAAAUGAUUUGCUGGAUUACGAGCCUCAUCUUUACGCCUUUGAGGACAACACGGACAAGCUUGCAGAUCUGGACCCCAUAGACCUGCCCAGUAAUGAGUUUAAUCCUGAUCUGCUUUCUGACCUUGGACCUGCAUUUAAGAAACUGGCCUCUAUCUGUAAUCCAGGGUCAAAACAGAAUUAAUGAUUGUCUAGUGAUCAGUUACUGAUCAGUCAGGGUCCAGUUAUUUGUUACAAAGGGGGAAAAACAGCAAAAGAUUUUAGUCUUAAUGUCUUUAAAUGUCUUUUUAUAUGUCAUAAUUGCACUGGUCAAUUUGAUUGGGAAUGUUUUUUGUUUUGUUUGUUUUUUUUUUUCAACCCAGGCUCAUUCUGAAAACGUAGCCCUAUAUACAUUUCUGGAGAGUGCCAAAUAUGUCCCAGCACCUACGUUUUUUUUUGCAGUUUUGUUUUCGCGAAUCCACCAGAGGCUGCAGUGUACGCUCUUUGAGAUAUCAAAUUUCUCUCGCGAGUGCAAAUCGCGCAUGGUGUUCUCGUGUAAAUCCACCAGAAGCCACUGACGACUGACUGACUGACAGACAAACCGUCCGAUCCCCCCACCAACUCAUACCUGCCAACACUUCUGCUUUUCACAGGAGUCUCCCGUAUUUCAGAUCCAUCUCCCACCACCCUCCCGUUUUGUUAUUUCUUCCAGCACCGCCUCCCCUACCACCCCCCAACACCCCACCCCCCCCCGGUCACCUGAAACCCGGUCCAUAGUACAGUUACCAACACCACAGUACAGUUACUAUUCGGUUCUCAACUGUGUUAUUCUGACAAACACAUACCACCACACCCCAACACACCGGUCUCCCAGAAUUUUGGAGACAAAUGUUGGCAGGUACACACCCACCCCCUUUCCAAAACCCAACCGAUAGUGUUUUAAAAAGCACCGAUUGACCAGCACCCACCGACUUCCCUAAACCCAACCUACAAUGUUUUGAAAAGUGAUUUACUGUUAUGACAUGACUUAACUUGGAGGGGCACCAUUAACUCAUCCUUAACUACUCAUGAGCUUCUGUGUAUAAACUUUCCAUGUUGGUGUUGAUAGAAUACUUUUCUAUUGUUAUUCAGUGUAAACGCACAUAAAAGGAUGCCCAUAAGGAGUUUGAGUAGUUAAGAAUGGGUUAACGAUAAUGUGCCCCCCUCCAAGUAAAGUCAUAUAAUUAUACUUGACCCUAUAAUAUAAUAACAAUGACAAUAUAAUUAUACAUUAACGUCAUAAGUUCAUGAUGGUUAAACUAAUAAUGUGGUAAUUAACACAUUAAUUAACAAACAAGCAUGUACUAACAAGGAAUUAAGGUUGCCAUUAUUCACACAUGAACUCACGUACCUUAACUCAUCAUUAGUUCAUAAUAAAGUAAUGUUUACUUUACAUAUUAAUAUAUUAUUAUUUAUGUACUGUUAUUGUAAAGUGUUACCAAUUCAUCUUCCAUUUACCAACAGAUAAAAUCAAAGUUAAUUAAUUAAAUUCCUCAAUUUUCAGAGGUUACAUUUAAUGCAGUCUCAAGAAAAUUAGUUGCUUGAUUACGAGCCUCAUCUUUAUGCCUUUGAGUACAACAUGGACAAAUUUACAGACUUGGACCCCAUAGACCUGCCCAGUAAUGAGUUUAAUCCUGAUCUGCUUUCUGACCUUGGACCUGCAUUUCAUAAACUGGCCUCUAUCUGUAAUCCAGGGUCAAAACAAAAUUAAUGAUUGUCUAGUGAUCAGUUACUGAUCAGUCAGGGUCCAGUUAAUUGUUACAAAGGGGGAAAAACAGCGAAAGAUUUUAGCCUUAAUGUCUUUAUAUGUCUUUUAUAUGUCAUAAUCGCACUGGUCAGUUUGAUUGGUAACAUUUUUCUUUUGUUCGUUUUUUUUUGCUCACAUUGGAUUUUUUCAACCCAGGCUCAUUCUGAAAACCUAGCCCAUACAUUUCUGGAGUGCACCAAAUAUGUCAUAGAAGGUACGUUUUUUUUUUUUUUUUUUUUUUUGCAGUUUUUGUUUUCGCAAAUCCAGCAGAGGCAGCUGUGUAUGCUUUUUCAGAUCUCAAGUUUCUCUUGCGAGUGCCAUUCGCACCUGCUGUUCUCGCGUAAACCCACCAGAAGUCGCUGUGUACACUUUUUUAGAUCUCAUAUUUCUCCCGCGAGUGCCAUUCACACCUACUGUUCUCACGCAAAUCCACCGCCGCUGUCGACUGACUGACUGACCAACCGUUCGAUACCCUCACCCACUCAUACCUGCCAACACUUCCGUUUUUUUCCCCGGGAGUCUCGUAUAUUUCAGACCCAUCCCGAUCCCGUUUUGUUAUUUCUACCAGAAAACUUCUGUUAUUUCACGCUGUCCUGGUACUCACCUUUUUAUAGUAUGUAACAUCCCUGGGUUGCCAACUUUGGCAUAGUACUUAUCCGAUUGCAUCGGCCACGAGUACAGUUACUAACCCAGUUCUUAACUGUGUUAUUCAGACAAACACAAACCGCCACACCCCAACACACCGGUUUCCCGGAAUUUUGCAGACAAAUCUUGGCAGGCACCCAACCCCUUUCCUAAACCCAACCGACAGUGUUUUGAAAAGUGAUCCAGAAAAAGAAAAGCCCCCUGAAUUUUAUCACAUUCUCACCCUGUAUUUUAAUUGUUUAUUUUAUAUUUUGUAAUUUGUUUUUGUCUUACCUGCUUUAUGGAAUCAUUCUUUGCCUGACUCGAACACCGUCAACUCCUAUCUGUGCCGCAAAUCCUCUGAUGUAUGCAACGAGCCACUGGACAAACUGGUAACGUAAAGCUGUCCAUAUGGAGGUAAGCAGUCAGCACGAAAAGAAACGGCAUCAUACCGUCUCGUAUCGUUUGUUUUAAACUGUUAUAAAUACUUCUGGCUACAUAAUUUGCAAUCUCCUGAAAUGUAUAUAGGGCUACGUUUUCAAAAUAACCCUAUGUUGAUUUUUUUGUGUCUUAAAUGGGAUAAGUACUAUUUUUACAAUUUUUAAGUAAAAAACUAAGCUGCCAUGUUAAAUGUAUAUUUUAAAACAUAAACUUUACAGUUUUUAGUUUUUCAUUUAUAAAUUUUUUUUUUAAAUCUCCUGAGGGUGGAAGAUAUAUAUACAGUGGGAAACUUUACAUUGGGAGUAUUUAUCACAUCAUCGUUUUUCUCAGAAAACAUAUUUUUAAAGUUGCUGCUGACUUGAAAUUUUAGGUUUUGUAAAAUAAAAUAAAAUGACACAAGAAAAAGUUAUGAACAGAUGAAGAAAGAGAGGUGUAGAAAGGCAGUGAAAGCCCAGACAGCAGCUGAAAUCUCUCAGUAGUUUUUCAGCAACCCUCUGCCCUUCGUCACUGUAAAUUAAUAUUAGCAGCUUCUGUCCAACAUCUCCAUUAGCAGGACGAUGAAGAUGAAACCAGGGUGGACAUUUCAGCAAGACAAUGAAUCAAAACACAGCCAAGGAAACUCUCAAAGGGUUUCAAGGAAAUAAACUCAAACUGUAGAAUGGCCCAGCCAAUCACCUGACUCGAAUCCAAUAGAAAAUACAAAAUAAAGAUGUGUUCGGAUAGACAAAACCCACAGAAUCAUCAGGAUUUUUACACUCUGUUGAAGUCUGUGAUAAAAUCACACCUGAGCAAUGCAUGUGACUUCAUUCUACUUAUAUAUAUGUUCACUUCUUUCACAAACCUUUGGGUCACAAGUCCAACUCUCUAACCAUUAAGCCAUAGCUGCCCCUGUGUGUUUUGCACCUGCAAAGACAGGCCAUUACUACCUCAGAGAACUUGCAUUGAUCUGUACUUCAUUCUUAGUGUGAUUGUUUAAACAAAUAAAGUAAUAUGAUUUAAGUAAAACUAAUUUUGUACUCAGGGAUAUAAAUAUGUAAAUAGAAACAUAUCCUUAAUCGUGUGAUUUUUUUUUUAAUACAAUCUUUGUAUACAUUGGAAAUAUAUUACUAUCCUUGCUUAAUUAAAAUGCAGAAAGAACAAAAAGUUGCAGAAAUGAUGAGUUACUCAAAGAUAAUAGAUGAACUUCUUGUUUUGCUACCUUUGAAGCAGUGAUUGAUUUUUGUUUUAUUUUCAGAGCACUGAAAAUAUUGAUUGAAUGCUCAUCAUGUAUUCUUUUAUUUUCUGAAAAUAAAAAGAGAUUGUUAAUAAAUGUAAUAAUUUAAGUGUGCAUUUAGAAAUAAAUAUAUUGUAUGUCUUAUAAAAAUCUAAAACUUAGUUGAUUAAUUAAAACACAUCAUUACAUUUUAAAAAAGCAAACCAGCCAGCAUGCACAAGACAUCUUGUUAAAGUACACAAUUACCAAUUACAGUAUUUUCAAUUUUUGGUUUAACAUUACAUUAACACCCUUAUUUGUGUGUGUUUUUUCAUUUCUCAUGUUAAUCGCCAAUGUUACUCUAUUUUGAAAGCUGUCGGACAGUAUUACAGGGCACGGAAUAUCGAUGUUAUGUUUGGUUGGAUUGCAUGUCAAUCAAACUGCUACAACAGGUCAAUUAUGCAUUAAAGUCAUCAUGAAACGGAA